AUUAAUCCAUCCGUCACAGACACGAUAUGUUGCACACGAAAAGCCAAGUGUGAUAUUAAGAAGCGUUUUGUACCAAUGAAGGAAGUAUAAAAAGUGUGAAAUGCAUUGGACUCGCCCCACGACACGCUUUCUGGUCACAGUGUUACUGUUUCUAGUGACACCGGUCGUUACUGGCAUUGAUUGCAGUGGUCCUCCGUCGUCGUCUUUCUGGUCGAGCUCAGACAAGUCAGCAAUGACCGACGAAGAAUGCAAACAAGAAAACAAAAGUCCCAAGGGAUUCGACUUUUACAGCUACAAGGCCAACGACAUUGAUGGCAAUGAGGUGUCAAUGGAAAAGUACAGGGGCCACGUGUGUUUAGUUGUUAACGUGGCAAGUAAAUGAGGUCUGACAGAUUUGAAUUAUAGACAGCUACAGGAAUUGUACGAGAAGUAUGGGGAAUCGAAAGGUCUCCGAAUUCUUGCUUUUCCAUCAAAUCAAUUUGGAAAUCAGGAACCUGGCAGUAAUGAAGACAUAAAAAAGUUCGCCGAGGGAUAUAAUGUGACCUUUGACAUGUUUAGUAAGGUCAAUGUCAAUGGUGCCGAUGCCCAUCCCCUUUGGCACGAUCUUCAGCGUGUCCUGAAGGGAUCGUUAUGGAAUGCCAUCAAGUGGAAUUUCAGCAAAUUCCUCAUUGACAAAGACGGCAAACCUUUCAAGCGCUUUGCACCCAACCAGGAACCUAAGUCGAUCGAGAAGGAGUUAGAGAAAUUGUGGUAGCUGUCUGGAGACUGACCUGUAAGAUUAACUUAAUACCUGGAGAGGAUAAAAACUUUGGGUUUUUAAUCAGCAAAAGAUAGACUGGAUGAAGACUAUGGUUGAAAACUAGUUUUAGUUGACUGUAGUUGGAUAAAUUGUCUGUCUUUGUUGGUCCCUACCUAUGGUUUUUUUUCCUUUCUUUCUUUCAAAUGGUUGUUUGAAAAAUAUAUAUUUAUUCAUUUACAAAAAAAGAAAUCCCUUUCCUUUAUCCCCCGCUUUCCCUCUCUUCUUAUAAAAAUGACAAAAGAAACGAUCGGUUGGUUACUUUUGGUUGGACUGAAUGAAGCUGAUUUCAGAAAACCUUUUGAGAAAGACACAACAAAGCAGAGUUGGAGAGAGUAAAACAGUGUUUUGUUGAUCCACCACCACAACAACAAUCACCAGAAGAUUAACCAACCAAUGUAGUAGUGUUUGUCUUUUUUUAGGUGUAAAUGUUUGGAUUAAUUAAAUUUUUGUAAUUCAA